AUGUCACAGCAGGGUGCCACCCUUCAAGCCUACAACAAUGAAUUGGUCAAAUGCAUCGAGGAUCUGAAGCGCAAGCGUGAGGAGCUGCAUGCCCAAAUCUUGGCAGAAGAAGAAGAAAAGCUUGCGGUGCAAAACGAUCUGCAUAUCCUGACCGAGCGUCUGAACCGCAUCACGGAGAGCCUCACGCGAAAGCAAGCCACGCGCACCGAAUACGACCGCACUAUCGCGGAAACCGAAGGAGCAUAUUUCAAGAUUUUGGAAAGCUCCCAGAGCCUUUUGCAGGUGCUCAAGCGUGACAGUGUGGCUUUGCAAGAAUCGGGCGACAACUCUUCUUAA